CAUAGGCACAACGCUUAUUGUCCAGAGAGAGAGAGGGAGGAUUAGUUCAUCUUUAUUACAAUCGAAUUGCUAUUAAAUAAAAUUACAAAAAAUUUGUAAAAGUUUUUUUUUUUUUUUUAAACCUCAAAACCAGUCACAACCAGUCAAAGGCUUGAGAAGAAGGCUGCUUUAGAGGUAGCUAUAUGUUGCUAUUAAUUAUCACCUUAUAUCACCUACCAUUCUGACAUGGUGUGGUACCCUUCUGAAGCUUCUUUGCUCCUAGAUGAGUUGACUUUACAUUCAGAGAUAGCUUCAGUAGGGAAAAAAGUGGUCCUUUUAUUAGUAUGCUGACAGCAAGCUGUUAUACAGUUAGCCAUAUACAUUUAGCCAAAUGAUCAGCCAUCAAAACAUUGAAAGAAACAUUGAACAUUAUGAAUGUAGAUUUUGCAUAUUGUCCAUUACUUUUUAUUUAGGUAGAAGGCAUUACAGGCAGAAACAAUGCCGUUUUGCUUGCAGAUCAGACCUGUUCAGACGAGUCCUCAUUGGAGGUGAGAGAACCUUUAAGGGUAAACAGCUCCACUGUUGACCAGACCUCAGUGGACACAGGAGAGGCCCCCUCUCACAGGUCUACUUCAGACUCAGAGGGUGAUGCUGUAUCAGAUUUGUUUGCUUGGGAUGAAUUGGAUGAGAACAAUUUUUGCACAUCUUCUGAAGAUACAGAUGGGACGGAUCGUGAAAGUGAGGCUGAAACUCCAACAGAUGAUCCACUUCACAAAAUUGGCACAGGCACAGGGAUGGACACAGUUCUCAAAUCAACAGGCUCCAUCACAAAGGCAGAGGCUCUUCUGCUGAUAAUGAGUCAUGCUGCUGUACAUAAUAUUACUGGCUGUCAACUGGACGACUUGCUGAAACUCAUUAAUUUCCUUUUUGGUAAUGAUGUAGUCCCAAGGUCCAAGCAUAUGUUUAAUAAGGUAUUCAAGAACAACUCAGAGAUAGUUGAGUUUCAUCUUUACUGUAGAGGCUGCAAAUCUCACAUUGGAACACAAAAACUAGUUACUGACCAGAACAUUACACAGUGUCCAUCCUGUAAUGAAGCAGUUGAGAUCUCUUCUUUAAAUAAUGGUAGCUUCUUUAUCGAUGUACCAGUUGCACCACAGAUUCAGAACCUUCUGGAAAAUCCAGAAAUUCAGGAGCAUCUCAGCUAUCGAUUUGACAGGCCAAACAGGAUUGAGAAUGCCAUCUCAGAUAUCUAUGAUGGAGUCAUGUAUGAAAAAUUGUCACAGCCUGGUGGAAUUCUUUCAGAUCCUUACAAUUUUAAUUCUGAUGGGUCCCCUGUAUACAAAUCUUCAAAAUUCUCUAUAUGGCCUAUACAGCUACACUUGAAUGAACUGCCCCCCAAAAUGAGAUUUAAGCAUGUAAUCCUGGCUGGUCUGUGGUUUGGAACUCAUGAGCCAUCUAUUCAAGUCUUCCUUAAACCAUUUACAGAACAGGCAAAGUCGCUCAGUUCUAAAGGUGUGUUGUGGAGAAAAAACAGUGUUCAAGUGAAUAGCAAAGUUGUUGGCAUCUGCUGCUGUGUAGACUCCAAAGCAAGACCUACAAUGCAGAACACUACUCAGUUUAAUGGUUAUUAUGGGUGUGGCUUCUGUCUUCAUCCCGGCGUUUUAAUUGAAAGACAGGUUAAGUACACGGUGAUAGCCUCAGGACAUGAUAGAGAUUCAAAGUCUAAGCUAAAAGAUAUGGAAGUACCUUUAGUUGAAGGUAGGCCUGUCAGAGGUGUUAAAGGUCCUUCACAACUUAUAAACAUGCCAUACUUUGACAUUGUAUGGGGCUUCGUACCUGAUUAUAUGCAUGCUGUCCUCCAUGUGUAA